UAUCGUGAUGUUGAGAUAAGAAUGAAACUUCCUCACGACUAGUACGUGUCUUCAUCACGAGCCAUUGUUAUCUUCUUUUCCCAUAUCUUCUUCCUCAUCAUCACUGUUUUGUUCAGGCAUGGCUUCUUCACUCCAAAACCUCCUCGAACGCGCUCGUCCCUUCCUUCGCGGCGAGCUCGAGUCCAUCGACGAGAAUUUGCCACGCCUUGUCCGGGUCCUGCAGAGUGUUAGCGCCGGCGAGUGCUGGCACAAGCACGGCAGCUUCCUCCACCACCUUCUCGACGUGUAUCGUAUUCUCAGCCUCUGGAAGGCCCCUCACGCCGUCUCCCUCUGCGGCCUCUUCCACUCCGCGUACUCCAACUCCUACGUCAACCUCGCCAUCUUCGACCCUUCCACCGGCCGCGAAGUGGUUCGCGAACACGUCGGCCAGGAAGCCGAGCGCUUGAUUCACUUAUUAUGCGUGGUCCCUAGGCAGCCCCUCAUCCACGACGAUCUUGUCUUCCACUACACCGACGAUGAGCUCGUGCAACACCUGAUUGAGUCAGAGGUAUCUCUAAGUAACGCGAAGGAAAAAGGCAUGUUCGAUAUGGGAGAACGUUGGAGAAAGAAACUGCAGGAUCUGGUUCCCGCUGAGGGGGUAAAAGUUAAGCAUAUUCGCACGGGUGAAGAAGUGCGUGUUUCUAGGAGGGUGGUGGCUGUUUUUUUGAUGAUGACCAUGGCGGAUUUUUGUGACCAGUUGUUUGGUUUUCAGGAUGAGUUAUUUGACAACGCCAAUGGUCGCCUUGAGUUUUCAGGGAACAAUUUUGGUGCUCUUUGGCCGGGAGAUGGUAAACCGGGUCUGUGGUUGAGUUCAAUUUCAAGGAUGGGAGCAGUGUACAGUUUGAUUGCGAGGGAGGAGGAGAUUUUUAUUCAAGAGAAGAGAAGUGCAGGAGUGGGGGUGGUUGAUCUUGAGAGAAAUGAAGAUAUAGAGUUGGUUAUUCCGCCGGUGUUUGGUAAGUGUAGGAAGGUCCUGGACGCAGGGGAUCAAAUAGUUGCGAGGGAUUUGUAUUGGGAAGGUGUUUGCGAGAAGGGUAAGGGACUGGGGAAGGUUGAAGAGUUGUUGGUGGGGUCUAUUAGCAAAAACCCGUUUGUUGGAGAGCCGUAUGUGGUGUUGAGUCAGGUUUAUUUAACAGAGGGGAGAUUUGAGGAGGCUGAGAAAAUGGCACAGAAAGGACUCACCCUUCUGCUGGAAUGGGGAUCUCCGUGGGACAAGAGGACUUCCUGGGAAGGCUGGGUUGCGUGGAGUAGGGUGCUGUUGAUGAAAGCAAAGGAGAAAUCUUGGCCUCACACUUCGUGGGGCAUCCUCAAUUUGGGUCUGGUGAAGUAACUCGCCUUAUCAUAUAUAAUAUGGUAUUGAAUUCAACGUGAUAAGUAAUAAGCUAAAGCAAAAUAUAUAUAUAUAUAUAUA